CGCGAGUGAAAGUGCAGAGUGUCCAAUCAUUUUCUAGCGAGCGUGUGUUUCCGAAUUAAUCGCAGUUUUUGCGUGGAAAAAUAAUCUGUAAAACGGCUAAAAUUUACGGUAAAAAUACUGAACAUCGUUAGUUCCCGUGCAGAUGGUUCGAUUGCUGCAACAGGCCAUUUCCGGUCGGUGUUGGUUCUGGUGGAAAAAGUGAUAAAAAAAACAAGCGAAUUGAACGAGGAGUCUGGACGAAGGAAGACGUCCAUCAGCAAAAUCCACGACGAAAAAGCGAACCAUCGCACAGUGAGCGCGGUUGAGGUUAGGGUAGGCAGUGUUCAUUUUGCUUCGUGCGUGCGAGCGGAUCACAACAUCUGCUUCGUCGGCGGUUCUCAAAGUUCAUUCUGGGUUCGCGUUCCGUCACAUCAGCUGGCGCAGAGAUUGUGUAAAUAUUUUGGUUUUUGGAUGAUAGCGCUGAUUUGCGCUUAUUGGACUACAGUAGCGAAGGAUUGUGAACAAUGGCAUCCCCACCUGAUCAGGUAGAAGUACUGCGUGGUCGGGAUUUAUCUCGGAUUUUCCAGAUAUGGGAGGAAAGACAUAGCGUACCAGGAUACGACCCGGAGCCGGUGGUUACAAGGCUAGCGGAAAUCUUUGAAGAGGAAACCGAAGUGUACAUGCGAAAAGAUCCGGACCCAUUCGAUGAACGACACCCGUCGCGAACGGAUCCGAACAGUGAGUUGGGUCGCAUGCUCAAAACUCUAUUUCGAAAAGACUACUUUAUGACUCGGCUGGUAAACGAUUACCUUCGAGAUAAUUUUUUUACGCGACAAAAUAUUCAGCAAUGCUCCCAGCCACUGAACAUCGCUGCCUGCCGCUUGAUCCUGGUGAUUAUGCCGGGACUGGAAACAUCAGCCGUCUUUCAGGCGGAAUUCGAUCAUCUAAUUACCAGGCUGUACGGUUGGGCUGAAUCAAGUCCCGAACCGCUCCAGAGCUACGCCACUGGGCUGUUGGGUGCCGCAAUGGAAGUGCAAGAAAUCGCAGUUAGUUUUCGGGAGCAGAACAUACGGCUUUUGCCGAUAAUGUUGCGGCGAUUGCACGUCCUGCAGCUGGCUCACAGAAAUCGCGAUCGACUGGCGGAGGCCGGAGAAGGAAUGUCCAGUACAGCGUUUCAGAGAAUGUUUCAGGGUGAAGCCGAGCAGAUAUCCAAGAGGAAUUCUACCGAAGGUCAGAACGAUUCAGAUAUGUCGUCGGAUGGCGAUGUGGGUGCAAGCCCGAAGAGGCCUUUCGCCCAUUUGGGACCAUCCGACGGGAGUGGGGACCCACCCAAUGGGGUCUCUUCGGUAUCGAAUUUGAACACUCUUUUUCAGAAUGAAAACAGUCAAAACACGCAGGACGCCCAGGCUCGACUGGCGCACCGUAACAUGAUUCCCAUCUACCCGGCCACAAUUGCCACAAGUCAGAUGCUGAUUCUGCGAUAUCUCACGCCGAUGGGAGAGUAUCAGGAGUUUUUGCCGCAUGUUUUCGAACACAACGCGAUGAGUUUGAUCUUUCGCUAUAUAGAAAAUCUGGACGCCAAGGACACCUGUUUGGCGUUCGAGGCUUUGAAAUAUUUGGCAUCAUUAUUGUGCCAUAAGAAGUUCUCGUUGGAGUUUAUCGCAAACGGAGGUCUGGAACGGCUGUUGAAAGUUCCUCGGCCCAGUUUGGCAGCUACGGGAGUGUCAAUUGCGUUCUAUUAUCUGGCGUACUGCGAAGACGCCAUGGAGAGGAUAUGUUUGAUGCCCCAGAAGAUUAUCACGGAACUGGUAACGUAUGCUUUGUGGUUGCUGGGAUGCUCUCACGACUCCGGUCGAUGCCAUGCGACAAUGUUUUUUGGUCUGAGCUGCCAGUUCAAAACAAUGAUGGACGAGUUCGACAAGCAGGAUGGGCUGCGAAAAUUGUACAACGUGAUUGCCGUGCUUCCGAUAUUGCUGCCGGAUGAUUAUCACCUAAACGACGACGAGGAAUGCGCAGCUCGGCAGGUGGUUCGGCAUGUCUGUGUUGCAUUGAAGAAGUACUUCGAAAAUCAUCUGUACUAUAAGUACAAUCAGGUUACGAGGCAGCAGUGCCCAUCGGGAACGUUGGCCCAACCGGUCUUCAAAUCGGUAAAGAAUUCUCCGGAGGUGAUUAGUGAUCAGAUAAGGACACUGCAGGAGCUGCUUCCAAUGAAGGCACGGUGGUCGCCGAUAGAUGAGUUCUUGGAUCUUGGAGGAGUCAACCUUUUACUGCGUAUCAUCGCAUUGGCUUAUGAGUGGAACUACAGUGGGCGUUUUUCCAGUGGUGAGACAGUGCGAGCCGCCCUGGACGUGCUGAACGUGUGCUGCGUGAUUCCACGGGUGCAUGCCGUUUUCUGCGAACGCAUCGAGUUCCCCGAAGGGGGUUCCGCGGCCGGAAUAAACAUCGUGCUGGGAGCCGCGGAAGGCGAAAUCGUUGCAGACGCCGAGGUACAGAAGUCAUCCCUCGCCGUGCUAGUGCACACGGUUUGUGCCCCAUUGCACCGACCGAGUGGAUCGCUGGCCCGAUUCGGGUCAGCCAAGAAACGAAUGCCAAACAAGAACUCGGAAGAGCUGCUGCAAAAGGUGUGGGAGAGCGUCCGAUCGAACAACGGAAUUAUAGUGCUGCUAUCGCUGAUGUGCGUCAAGACACCCAUUACCGAUGCGGAUUGCAUACGGGGGAUGGCCUGUCGGGCGAUGGCAGGUCUGGCCAGAUCGGAAAUGGUGCAGCAGAUUAUCGGAAAAUUACCGUUGUUUGUAAACGGCCAGCUGCAAGGUCUAAUGCGCGAUCCGAUUCUCCAGGAGAAACGAGCUGAACACGUCCAAUUUCAAAAGUAUGCGCUUGAACUGCUGGAGCGUGUCUCAGGUAAAGCGAAAUCGGCCAACAAUCAACUGGACACUUCCCUGGCCGACAUUCACAAGGCGAAUGUGGUGGCGCAGACGAAAAUUCAAUUCAAUGAGCAGCAGUUGCUUGAGUUGAUCCACCAGCAUCUGAUGGCUCGGGGCCUAACCGAAACGGCAGCCACCCUGGUGCGGGAAGGUGGCAUCAGCGUUCCGAAUCCCAUCCUCCAGCAGCACCAACAGGCCGCCAUCUUAAGUCGAAACUUACAUCACUCGCCAUUUACCUUUCGGUCGCCGAAUACGACCCUCAUACAACGUUCAAGGAUACGAAGUAAAACGACGGACGGCACAUUCAGUCAUUCGACGGCACAAGCCAAUCUUCAGGCUGCGCUGGCUGCUGCCAGUAUAGACACAGCUACUCCGACGAAUGGCGGUUCCGGUGGUGAACAUUUGAAGGUUGAUACGACUGCCGGUGGUAACAUUGGUUCUGGCAUGGAUUCUCCACCAGUAGAUCCAUUCACGCCCAUAAAGCUUAUCAAAAAGACGACCGCCGGAAGUGUGAGUGCAGGUGUACCAGCUGGAGGCAGUACCGCACACGGAAAUAGUUUAACCACCCCAGCCGGCAAUAGCAAUCAGCGUCCGCUGCAGAAACAACUCUCGGCAACGACGGACACGGCCUCGUUCCUAGUUCCAGCAUCAACGUCUUCCAAAACCACAACCAUAGAACCGCUCGGGAGCUCCGUCACGCUGGACACCAUCAUAACCGAAUACCUCACCAAUCAGCAUGCCCUGUGUAAACAUCCAAUGUCGACGUGUCCGCAGUUCGAUUUGUUCAUACCGCACAAGUGUCCGGAUCCCCGCCCGAAUAGAACGUCGGGGAUGAACAUCAACUUUGCCACCAGGUUUUUCAAACGGCAUGCCGGCUAUUCAUCGCAGCGGUUCGAUCGGCGGUUAGUCCAUUCGAAUUAUUCCGCAUCGCGGGUGCUACGACCGCAGGAUUCGGAGUUUUUCUUUACGUGUUGCGAUUUCACGCCUUGCGCAACGAAAUUAAUCACCGGUUCGCAUUCCGGCGAGGUCAAAAUCUUCAACCUCAGCGACAGCAAUGAGGAGUUCAGCUAUUCGUGCCACGAAUCGUACGUAAACUCCAUCAUCUGCAGCAAGGACGGUCGUUUGCUGCUGACUUCGUGCGCUUGGCGGUCACCGAUGUCGGCGCUGUGGAACAUUGAGAACAGUCGGUUUACACAGAAACUAACGUGGGACGAAGAGGAGUACGUGGAAUUUCCGAAUCUAAAGCAGGAUAAAGUCCUGGCGACCACAGGAGAGGUCGCCACCAUCUACGAUAUCAAUACGGGUCAAAAAGUCCUGUCACUGGUGCCGAGCAUCUACAACCAGUACACGAAAAACCGGGCCACGUUCUGCCCGUCGGACGAGCUAAUUCUGUCGGACGGCGUACUGUGGGAUGUUGCCUCCGGUAAGGAGAUCCACAAAUUCGACAAACUGAAUCAAAACAUUUCCGGGGUGUUCCACCCGAAUGGGCUGGAGAUCGUGUCCAACACGGAAGUGUGGGACCUGCGAACAUUCCACCUGUUGCGGACGGUUCCGGCACUGGAGCAGUGCCACGUGAAGUUCUCGCCGCAGAAUGUGAUAUACGGUAUCUGUCCGGAGGUGGAAUCGGAAGCGAACACGGACAACGUGUGCUUCGAGUCCAGCUUUAGGGUGCUGGACGCGUACGACUACAGCAGCAUUUCGACGGUCGAUGUCAAGCGGAACAUCUACGAUUUGGCCAUCAAUCUGUACGGAAGCCAGAUUGCCAUUGUGGAGAACCAGGGCGGAUACAACUCGGUGCAGGAAUCGGUGGUGCGCAUUUACAGCGUUGGCCGGAAGAAGAACACCGAAGACGACGCAGAGGAAGAGGAAGAAGAGAUGGAGAACUCCGAGGAUAAUUCGAUGUCGGAAACGGAAUCCGUCGUAUUUCACGGCGCUCGCGGAGAAAACGGUAAUCAGCGUCGUCGGCGGAGACGGGGAAUGCGUAUCAAUGUACUCGAUGAUGACGAUGAUAUCUUUCAACCAGGUUCUUCCUCGUCCAGCGAGGACGACGACGACGACGAAGACAUGGAUGACAACGACGACGGCGACGGCGGCGAUGAGGACGGGGACGGAAACGCCGAAGGCGACGACGACGAAGGGGGCAACAAUAACGACGACGAGGAGGACGCCUCGUCCUGGACCACGACCUCCGAUCUGGAGGACUUCCUGCUCAUGUAGGGCGGGCGGUGGCUGUAGGGUAGAGUCACAACUUGCAAAAAUUCACAGUUGUAAAAUCCGGCGGGCGCGGUCAGCUGGUUCUUUUCGGCGCCAACUCGAACACGAUUCGUUUCCUGCGUAUCUUCUUUGUUAUUAUUGAGUACUUGCGUUCUCUCCUGGUACGUUAUUGUAUAUAGAUGUCUAUUAGGAUAAAGGCCGGAUUACCUUUUCUCUGUUAAGAUCCAAAAGCUUUAAUUUUGCACUAGCCAUUUGUUCGGAAAGUAAAAUCGUUUUGGAAUUGAAAACCUUCAAAUUGAAAUUUUUAUUUAUGCAUCUUAAAUUUUCAAAAGUUUUGAGUAUUUGUUAUGUAGGCAUUUCAUUUUUGUAUAAGUCUGGCUGACGAUUUUUACUACUUUACAACAGAUGACAGAGGAAUUUUAUUUUUCUCGGUUUUCGUCAACUUGCUUCAUUUUUCUCACGGGAUUUUUCUGUGAGCUGUGAAUGAUGCUGCACUACGUUCAUAACGGCGAUGGAAAAUCGGUCUGCAAAUGUAUAAUAAAUACUAGCUGAAUAAAUAAAUUUCAUAUUAA